AUGAUUACCACCAUCAGCAUCACUACUAUUGUCACUGUUAUUGACCUUGUUCUCAUCUUUGUUUUUAACUCUCACUUAGAAGCAGAAUUACUUCCCUUCAGAGUGGAUCUAACUUCACUGCGCCAGAUGAAGCUUCAGAGACCAAUGACCAUGUUAACGGAUGUCAAACACUUCUUAUCAUCAGGAGGGAACAUUAACGAGAAAAAUGAUGAUGGAGUGACACUGCUGCACAUGGCAUGUGCAAGUGGGUACAAGGAGGUGGUCCUGCUCAUCCUGGAACAUGGCGGGGACCUCAACGUAAGGGAUGAUCAGUACUGGACACCACUCCACUUGGCAGCCAAGUAUGGCCAGACAAACCUGGUGAAACUUCUUUUGGCACAUCAGGCAAACCCCAGCCUCAUGAACUGUAAUGAAGAGAAGCCGUCAGAUGUCGCAGCAUCUGAGCUGAUCGAGGAGAUGCUGCUGAAAGCUGAGAUUGCCUGGGAAGGAAAAAUGAGAGAGCCUCUGCCUGUCUCCACCUUAGCACAAGAGGAGGCCUACGAGGAGAUCAUGCAGGACCUCCCAGCUCUGUCAAGUAAGCUCGGUCCCCUGGUGCUACCAAUUGCCAAGCAAGACAGCUUGUUGGAAAAAGACACUAUGUUCAAAGAUGCAACGAGAGGUCUGUGUAAGCAGCAGUCGCAGGACAGCACGCCUGAGCACACCACCUUGAGCAUCUGCAGCAAACCUGAGCAGAUCCAGCUAAUGCCUCCUGCUCCAAACGAUGACCUGGCGACACUCAGUGAGCUCGAUGAUGGCAGCCUGCUGUAUGAAAUCCAGAAGCGCUUCGGGAACGAUCAGAUAUACACUUUUAUUGGUGAUAUCCUCUUGCUUGUGAAUCCAUUUAAGGCACUCCCAAUUUACUCUACCUUGGUCUCCCAGCUGUACCUGAGCCCCACGGGGGCACGGAGCCCCUCGCUGCCUCCUCACCUCUUCUCCUGUGCAGAACGGGCCUUCCAUCGGCUCUUCCAGGAGCAGAGCCCCCAGUGCUUCAUCCUCAGUGGAGAGAGAGGAUCUGGGAAGACUGAGGCCAGCAAGCAGAUCGUGAGGCACCUGACCUGCAGGGCCGGCUCCAGCAGGGCCAUGUUUGACUUCAGAUUCAAACCUGCCAUGUAUGUCUUAGAAGCCUUUGGACAUGCCAAGACAACGUGGAAUGGUGGGUCCAGCUGCUUCAUAAAGUACUGGGAGCUGCAGUUCUGUGGGAGGAGAAGGGAGAUGACUGCAGCCAGAAUUUAUACCUACAUGCUAGAGAAGUCCAGACUUGUUUCUCAGCCUCUUGGCCAGAGCAAUUUUCUGAUUUUCUACUUGCUGAUGGACGGGUUAUCUGCUGAGGAGAAACACGGGCUUCACCUUAAGAAUCCAUGUGCACACAGGUGUGAACGGAAUGACUGGACUGUGAGUGUGCAGGGAACUGGUUUUCACUAUGAAGAUGACUCUAACUCUGGGGAGACUUUGU